CAAACUGUAACUAACAAUUUAUAAACCUGCUAAGUAAAACAACAAUUUAAUAUAUUUAUUAUAAUCAUGUCGAACUCGAACAAUACUUCCGACAACCCGAAUGACCAAAGCUCAGCAAACCCCACGGCCAAUUCCAUGGCUGAGAAUGGACAGCCGUUCGUGUCGCCCCGCAAUGGUGAUGUUCCCAUAUUUGGACAGAGAAGCCGCACAGCUACAGACCAGUAUUCUCAUCCCUAUCAGCUGAGAACCAUCAGGAGAUCCGCCAUAGACAGGGUCAACAGACGGAAAAAAUACAAAAUAAAUUUAAAAAUGAGCCGAAGGGUCCUGUCUCUCAGCAACGAUGCGAGAAAAACCUUGAUUUCGGCCUUAGCAGAUGCCCUGAGGACCGAAUAUGGAUCUUUCCCGACGGCGACUUCACAUCGGACCGAGGACGAUCAAAUAUCUUACAACAUUGAAGUUAACCGGUCCCAAUAUGAUGAGUUAAGCCUUUAUUCCAGAAGUACCGAAUAUACCGUAAAUAAUUCUACUUCUAACAAUAAUAAUAUUGGAAGUAUUAACCACGAUAUGGAGGUCAAUGAUUCGGAUAACGAUUCCGAAAAUGAACCACCUCGGAGGGGAUCAUUUAUUUUUAACGUAUUUAGUAACCUCUUUAAUAGAAGUCAGCCAUCAGAAGAUCAUGAAUAACAUUUAAAUGGGAUAAAGCAAUAUUUAACCAAAGGUAAAAAAAAAAGUUAUUUUAAAUUAUUAUGUUUGAAGAAAGAUACCCGAAUGACACGUUCACAGAUUUAUUUUUUGAUUUUUGAAAAUAUUCAAUAGAGAAGCUUAUUUAGCAAAAAAAAAAAAUAAUUUAAUUAAAAAAUCUAGAUACACUAAUGAUACGAAGAUGGAAUGGAAAUAUAUUUAACAGCGUCUUAUUCAAAUUUCUAUUCGAGCUGGCCGUGUGAAGUUUUGCCUUGAGAAGAUUUUGCCCCGAAAACGAAGGAUGCGACGCGACGGCUGCGUGUCUCUCGGGGAAUCGGUUGAUCAAGGAGCCUGGGAACAUCCGCGAAGGAGGCAAAGGAUUGUCUCCUGGCACUGUUCAUUUGCCUAGACAUUUGAUUACUUGCAGGAAAAAUCCCAGACAACUGAUAGGAAAUGGGUGUUGGAUUAAUUAGUUAGGAAGCAAGUUGAGGCCUGUAUUUAAAAAUAAAAAAUAUUUAUGAUUCUCACCGAUUCUCGGCGAGCAAUGAGCACGUGCUGACCAUGUUGGACCAUCGAAAUAACACUAUGAGCAGUUGGGUUUUGGCCCUGAUCUUAAGCAUUCUGCUGGCCAGUGCCCCAGGGCCAGCGAAGGCUCAGGAUGAAUCCCUAGCUGGGAGUUUUCUAUCCGGUCUCUUGGAUACCAUUACCAGUACUGCAGAUGCCAAGGACUGCCCUGGCGUCUGUGUUCACACCUUGGCCACUUUGAUUUGCUAUGAAGUCCUCGACGAUGUGCCCUGUCCUUCGCCCAGCAUGAAGUGCUGCAUUGAGAGUGCUCCAGCUGGUAAGAAUGCCACAGCGGUGCGGACGACAACAACACCGAAAACCACAAGCACGGCCAGCACUACAACCACGCAGAGAACCACAACCACUGUGGCCACCACGAGCACCACAAAAAGGACCACAACAACCAGUACCACAGUAAAACCAAAGCCUAAACCACAAACCAAGCGACCAGCUAGCACUACGACCACAAAGGCCACAGUAGCCACCACAAAGAAGCCCAGCACCACCAAGAAGGUGACAACAGCCAAGCCCAGCAAGGAUAAGGAAGAGACCAAGACAGAUGAUGCCAACAAGGACUGCACCGGGGUCUGUGUGGCGGAUCGGAUAGCGGAGUACUGUGAGGCCUAUCUGACCAGCGAUGGACUGUGCAAGGAGGGCACCAAGUGCUGUGUCUCCCUGGACGAGUACUCCAAUGGCAAGCUGCCCAAGGAUAUCUACAUUCCAGCCAAACACAUGAGCAACCUGAAGCCCAACCAGACUCUCUCCGAGAAGUCUGCUCCUGCCAAGAGUGGCUCAAGUACCUCUACGAGUAGCUCUACGACGACCAGUACCAGUACCACCACCACGCCGGAACCAGCCAGGACGAAUAGUUCUCCCAAGCCCAGCAAACACAAGAAGCAUCCAACGACAACGACCACGGAGGCGGCUGAGGAAGAAGAGGAGGAGGAGACGGAGGACGAUGGCGAGGAGGAGGAACCACCACUGAGCAACAAGCUCAAGUCCGGGCAGGGACAGGGUCAGGUGCUGAAGGAGUGCGAGGGCGAGUGCAUGAACGGUAUCUUUGCCAUCUUCUGCGACGACAUCGAUUCCGAUGCCUUCUGUCCGGGUGAGGGAAGCUGCUGUGUCACCGGAACUGCCUCCGAGUCACCAGCCUCAUCUAAGCCAGCGACCCCCACAAAGCCGGCCAUCAAACACGCACCCAAGCCGGCUUCCAAGCCAGCUCGUCCUGCCUCUCCGCCGCCGCCGCCACCAUCAUCUACAUCAGGAGGAGGGGGAGGCGGUGGUGACCUUCUCUCGCAGAUCAUAUCCUUUGCCGAGAGCACGCUCAACUCCCCAUCUCCCCCACCGCCGCCACCGCAGUCACCGCCUCAGGUUCCUCGCUGUCCCGGCUUUUGUCUGCUGAAUAUUAUGGCCGCCUUCUGCGAGCGUCCCUCGGUGCUGGUCUCCACACCCACCACGUGCGCCAAGGGAUCCGUUUGUUGCGAUAACUCACGAUCGGGAGUGGUUAAGCCCAAGCUGCCGCCGCCAACGCCCUCGCCCACAGCUCCACCUACGGCCCCGCCUUAUGUACUGCCCAAUACCCCAAGUCCAGAUCCUAGGGAAGAGUGUCCCGGCUCCUGCAUCGUCAGCCUGCUCAGCUUUACCUGCUUCAAAAACGCCGAGAUGACGGAUCUGUUCCGCUGCAAGCGCUCCGGCCAGAUUUGCUGUGCCCCCAAGAGCAAGAUCCUGGAGAAGCAGCAGUUCCAGACGCGCAACGACACCGCCUACUAUCCGGCACCGCCUCCGCCUCCCAUCGGGCCACCACAGGCUUAUCCGCCACAGACGCCGCCGUACUCUUACAUGAACAACCAGCCGCAGGGACCGCCUCCUCCUCCUCAGAUGGCAGUGCAUCACCAAAAUCCCUACCAGCCACCGCCGCCAGCACCCAACUAUGCGGAUUACUAUCCUGUGUCUGGACCCGGUCUUCAGGGUGGACUUCCGCCUCAGCCACAGCCACCACCAAUGACCACGCCGCCACCCACAACGACUACAUCGACAACUCCUCGGCCGCAUGUCUACUCCAAGUACGUGUGCGGCGUGAAGGGAACCCUUCGGACAGGACGCUCUCCCGCUCUCUCAUUUGUGGCCUAUGCCCGGGCCAAGUAUGGAGUCCAGCGAUCAGCCCGGCAGAUAACCUCCGCCUCGGGUUAUUCUGGAAACUUUAACAAGUCCAAUGAGCGACUGGUCCUUGGCUCGGCCAUUGUGCCCAUUCAGAUUCACAACGACAAGCUGGGCGACCUCGUGGAGUCGAGCAGCCUGCAGAGCAACCAGUUGCGCUCCUAUCACAACCACCGGGAAGAGACAGCAGUGGCUGCGGAUCAGCCGGAACUGGUCUAUCCGAAUUACUACCACCAGCAGAAGCGGUCUCUGCAUGGCCUCCAGUUCCAGUCCAAUUCCAGUGGACGACGUAGGGCUCGAGUGGUCGGCGGAGAGGAUGGUGAGAAUGGGGAAUGGUGCUGGCAGGUGGCACUGAUCAACUCGCUGAACCAGUAUCUGUGUGGAGCGGCGCUGAUAGGUACCCAGUGGGUCCUGACGGCGGCCCAUUGUGUCACCAACAUUGUCCGUUCCGGAGAUGCCAUCUAUGUGCGAGUUGGCGACUACGAUCUGACCAGAAAGUACGGCAGUCCAGGAGCCCAGACCCUGCGCGUGGCCACCACUUACAUCCACCACAAUCACAAUAGCCAGACGCUGGACAAUGACAUUGCCCUGCUGAAGCUCCAUGGCCAGGCAGAGCUGAGGGAUGGCGUGUGCUUGGUGUGUCUGCCCGCUCGCGGGGUGAGCCAUGCGGCGGGCAAGCGAUGCACAGUGACCGGCUACGGCUACAUGGGCGAAGCUGGUCCCAUUCCUCUGCGAGUGCGCGAGGCCGAGAUACCCAUUGUAAGCGACACAGAGUGCAUUCGAAAGGUCAACGCCGUGACGGAGAAGAUCUUCAUCCUGCCUGCGUCCAGUUUCUGUGCCGGCGGCGAGGAGGGACACGAUGCCUGUCAGGGCGAUGGCGGUGGUCCGCUGGUCUGUCAGGAUGAUGGCUUCUACGAGCUGGCCGGUCUCGUGUCCUGGGGUUUCGGCUGCGGUCGCCAGGAUGUGCCCGGCGUCUAUGUGAAGACAUCCUCGUUCAUUGGCUGGAUCAAUCAGAUCAUCAGCGUAAACAACUUAUAGUGAUCCUGUAGCCAGGAUCUCUCGCUUGUGCGGGAGGAACCCCGCUCUCGUGGCCAUUUUCAAAUCCCGGAGUGGCCUACGAUUGCCUCGGGGUUCCCGCUCUUCGACUGCUAACGUAAACCCAUCCUAGUGUAAUCUAUUCAUACCCAAAACUAAUCCUAACUCUAAUGGCCCGAGCCCAGAAAGCAACUACAUAUUAACUAUUACGAUUAUCGGUAGCGUAGACGGCAAUCUUCAAAAGUAUUCCCCUAUUUGAUAAAGCCCUAUUGUAAACUGUUUUUGUAUAUAUACGAAAUAAAUACAAAAAAUCUUCAGUUA